AUGCAGUCGCAUCUAACCAGAGGCGUGUUUCGCGCUAUCCUCAACAAUGAACCACUGUCGUCUACUCGAUGCCGCUGUCGAUUGUUUCAUACGGCCCGAAAUGGUCGGAUGCGAAAGCUUGCUUUCCCCCAUCCCCAGUAUACCCCACGACGGUCAAUGUUCGCCUUCAGCGCCCCGCCCGAGGCCCCGGCGUCUACUGUUCUUUCCUCCGAAAAGGGACUGAAACCGAUGAGAGAUCUCAUGCGAGCGCUGUCGGACAAGAGUCGGGGGCCAGCAAAUGGAACGCUGGCCAAAGCUUUUCGGGAGUUCUUUGUGGCACGCGCCGAGAAUGUGGAGGUGAUUACUGGAUUUCACUCCCGCUUGCUCCUUACGACGUGGAAAUACCUGCGGGCUCAUGAGGAAGAGCUGGAGCGGGAGGAGUGGCAGAUGAUUUUCUCCACCGAGAACCUGGAGAAUGUCCUAUUUGUCCUGUCGGAAACGGAGUGCACCGAUGAGUCCCGGGCUGUUGUCCUAAGAUUAGCUCGCUUCGCCUUUCUGGAACUCUGCGCAAAUCAUGGGUUUGGCCCAAAUAACAUUAGCCGACCGGCGCUGUUGGCCUACAUUGGCCUACAAGCCUCGCAGGGCAAUCCAGAUGAAGCCCGCCACGUGGUGGAGAAAUUUUGGUCCAGGUUGCAAAAGACCUGCCCCUCGCCAUGGCUGACGGUCAUGAAAGGGUAUGCCAUCGCGAAUGACAAGUAUCACCUCAAGAAGAUGCCGGAGAAAUUCGACGAAUACGGCGUCCAGUUCGAUCCUGCCUCCCAGGAGGAGCUGAUCAAUGUUCUGAUCGGCCAAGGAUUUUUGAGUGGCGCCCAGACAAUCUACGAAUGCCGCCUAUUUCACGACCAAGAGCCUACUCUUGCUGCCAAGCAGGCCUUGAUCAAGCACUCAGUCAUCCGGGGCGAUCAAGAGUGGGCGAGACCGGUCUUUGAGUCUCUUAGGGAGAGACCCAUUACUGAAACCAUAGCCAUACUGUUGCUCUGGGAAGCUGCCAGCGGAAAAGGGCUGGACGCCAUAUGCGCAACGGUCGAGCAAUGGAUCGCCGAGAAUCCGGAGGUGGAAUCGUCGCUGACAACUUCUUGUGUAAAUGACUUGAUUGAAUAUGCCAAUUCCAUCGGCAAUCCUCAGCUGGCUACCGAAUUCGCGUCUCUGAUCCCUCGCUGGGGCUUGGAGCCCGACACGCAAACACAAGUCCUACAGCUAGACACCCUCGUCCAGGCAGGAGACGUCCCUGGCACGAUGGAAUUCAUCGUCAGCUUGGGCGAUAUAACGUCCAUGGCAGUUGACAGCGCGAAUCUGCCGUUGAUGAACAGACUUAUUAAGAUGCUUUGCCUGUCCGGACAAGAGGAUGCUCUGUUUGAACAAGUCUCGUUUAUCCUCGAUCCCUUGUUUGCGAACAACGUGCGCCUGGAGUCGGAAACUCUCGCUGCAUUGACGCAGAUGUUGCUUUAUCGCCACGACUGGGAGGGCGUGUCAGAGUUGCUCCGCCCGCGUCUCGGCCUGUAUGACUCGGAAGAAAGGACAAGAGUGCGCAAGGCACUGACGAACUACGUCAUGGAUCUUAAAGAAGAUAGCAAAGACGUCUGGGACAUGUACGGCCUACUCCGCAUUGCCUUCCCCGAAAUGGGCGUGGGCAUUCGAAGCGAGAUCAUGUCCUCGUUCUUCAACAGGAACAGAGCCGACCUGGCUUUCCUGGUGUUUGGACAUAUGCGCCAGGCCGAAGAAUUCUCGCGGCGACCCAAGCCGGACACGUACGCCCGCUGUUUCCAAGGGAUAGCCCGAACCCUGGACGACACCCAUCUCGAGACCGUCCACAACAUGCUCAAAUUGGACGUCGAGGUUGACCUGAACACGCGCAUCCUCGACUCCCUGAUGCUCGCAUACGCCGCUUGCGACAAGCCAGCGAAAAGCAUGGAGAUCUUCCGCGAAAUCCUCCAGUCAGACGAGGGCCCCUCCGACAAGACGAUCGCGAUCUUUUUCAAGAUGUGCGAGAAGCACCACAACGGCGCCCAGGAAGCCAUGAAAAUGAUGAAGAAGGUCAAGGUGCUGGAGAUCCCUAUGGAUCGGCGAUUGUACAUGGCCUACGUGGAAGCCCUGGCGGCGCAAUGCGAGUUCGAACUGGCCACCCAGGCUCUUGACAGGAUGCAAGAGGAAGUCGGAUGCCUACCCACCCGCAACUCAAUCGGCCUCCUUUACAACGCCAUCCCCUACCAGUAUUGGAAAGACGAAGUCGAAAAGUGGGCGAAAGUCAAGUACCCCGAGCAAUGGGCUCAGCUGGAGGAGGUCGAACGGACGGAGUCUGAGGAGGAUGGCUUCAAGUUCCACAUCAAGGGCAACCCGGUCUAUGCCUAA